CGAGAGCAGACACGACAUAUUUUGCGACUUCUUUCUUUUCGUUGCGGUGUCUGAAGCGCGACGAUUAGAUAAGGCUCCGGUUCAUAGUACGUCGGAGAUGCAGACCUCAUAAGAGACCAGGAUACUCGAGGCCCAGCUUCAGUUAAAGCUGCGUGUGCAAACCGACAAUUAAGGACGGGAGUCAGUCCCGAGUAUCUUCUUCGCGAUUGAUAUCAACAACAGCAUCGCUCUAAUUUUCAUGUAUGUUGUGUCAUUUCAUAGUCGCUUUUAUCACCACAUCUGAAAAAGAGAGAGAUAAUUUUUUUCUAUCCGUGAUUAGGGUACAAUCGACCCUUCGAGAAGAACUAUCUCACAUCUCAUCUUCCUCUUCCCUCGCUGAAAUAACCGACGGUUAUUUCCCAAGAUUGAGAUAUGAGUCUUGGAUAUAAGGAUUUCUACCGAUCAGUUAGGCUCCUCAAUUCGUAACCCUUUUGGACAGGGUUUCCGAAGGUGAAACGUUAAACAGAAAACACGAAGAUGCCCGCCUGCUCGAGUGAGAACUCGUCCACAUUAUGGUCUUCCAGCCCGCCGAUGUCGCGUAGCAGCAGCGUGUCGCCGCCGUUACCUGGCACACCGUUGUCCACAUCGCCACCCCGAAUGUCGCCCGUGUCCAUGUUGAAGCGCACGUCGUCGAACGUGGUCAUGUCGACGUCCCAUGCGCCGAACAAUCUUUCCCGGGCGUCAUCGCUCUCGAGUAUGUCGACGGUGAUACUCUCUCAGAGACGACAGCAGCAACGACAACAACAGCAACAUCAUCAUCAACAGGGUAUACUAGCGGCAGAUAGUCGGAACGUCGAGAGGAGCAACGAUUCCAUUUUCUCGAGGAUUUUGUCUUGGUACUUCGGACUUCUGUUGAGUUUAUUUCGAAGUGUCUUCAAUGUCAUUGGCUACGCGAUUUGGGCUCCUGCUUUCUGGGCAUCUGCCUGGAUCUGCCUGUUCUGGGUGUUUCUGCAACUACCGCUGACCGCUCUCAAAUGGUUCAUCACCGUACUGCACACCCCGGCUUAUGAGAGAUCACGUAACAAGCGGUGCGUGCUGAUCAGCGGCGGUAGCACAGUGCAAGCGGUGCAUCUCGCACGUAAUUUCUACAAGGCGGGCGCCCGGGUGAUAGUGUGUGAUCUCGAGGGCCUGUUCGGUCUAGCCAAAUUCUCCACCGCCUGUUCCAAGUACUACACGAUACCGCGGCCCGGACCCAGGAACGUUACCGAAUAUAUAAAGGCGUUGCGGGAUAUCGUCCAGCGGGAGCGAGUGGCCUACUACAUACCGGUGAGUGCCGCCAGCACCGCGUACUACGACGCCUUGGCGAAACCGCAUCUAGAGAUCAUGGGCUGCGAGUGUUUCGUGCCCGAUGCCAGCGAGGUGACCGCGUUAGACGACCCGUUGGAGCUACUUCGACGCUGUCGCAUGCUCGGUCUUACGAUCCCACAACACUUUCUGUUGCGAUCAAUGCAGGACCUGUCCGCGCUCUAUGCGAAACUAACCGCCGGUCCCGCAGGGAUGCGUGAUCACGCCAAGAUCUUGCUACCACCCACCUUCAGAGAGUUCCGAAAUCAACACGAGAUCAGCGAGAGGCGGCCGUGGGUGGUAAUCCGCGAUCCCGGUGGAGAUCACUUCAUCACUUGCACCACGCUGAAAGAGUCACGGGUAGUGACGAACGUGACCUGCCGAGUGGAUGAAGAUCGGGGCCUCAUACCAGAAGAACGUCCCGAAAUUAUAAGGUGGCUUGAACAGUUUUUCGCCCAUUCCUUCGGCGGCAGUAUCAACGGCCACAUGAGCUUCCGAUUGGCAGUGUCGGAGGAGACGGGUGAGCUGGUGUCCAUCGGCUGCCGGGUGGGCGUGAGCCUGCCCUACAUCUGUCACACAGGUAUACAUCCGCGUCUGGUGUGGAAACCCUGCCGACACUUCUCCAGACAGAAUUCAACGUUGCUUCAAGGUACGUCGAGCCGACAGCUGCUGUCCGAUACCGUGGUGAAUGCCCUCAAACAAUCGACCAGCGAGACCGCGCCCCAUCUUCUGGGCACAGUGCUGGACAAGAGGGAAUCCCUUUUCGUGUACUGGGACCCGUUGCCCUACUGUGCCUACUAUCACCUCCAAUUGCCGUUCAGGCGCGUCGCAGAGGUCAUCAGGACGCAGCAUAACCCACCCCUGGCGGUAGUGCAAUAGGAUUCAUCCUUAAAGCGGAAGUUUUUCUUGUACCGAGAUCUCUUCUGUUUCACCUACUAUCCUAUGCAGUUGCCCUUCAAACAUCGCGAGGAUCAUCAAGAACUCACAAUCGAUCUAUAACUCGUGAUGCAACCAAAAGUUGGAGUGUAGCUAGUAUCUGAAUCUCAACGUUGAUCGCGUCUCCGAGAAGAAACGAAUGUGCCAAAGAGAAGAUCCGCGAACGAACCCCGGAGAUCGUACUUAUUUCUCUUUCGUGAGUAAUUGUGUAGAGUGUGAUAUUAUUUAUUGGAGAACAAUGUAUCUGCGCGCGAUAUCUAUUUCACACGCGGCUGAUCAGCGAAGUCUCAUCGACAAUGAGCUACGUAUUCCUUUGUUACAUUACCUUGCGUUGUAAUAUAUCAAUGAAUAUGAGACUAACAAAUACGAUUCUACGCAUAGAAUGUGAAAGAGAGCGCGUAUAUGUAUGUGUGUAUUAAUUAACGAUUGUAACGUAUAAAUAUGUAGCAAUACUAUUUUGCUGAAGAAAAAAGGAAAGAGAAACGGUAAUUUUGUGUCAAUUCGAGAAUUAGAAAAUAAGGACUUGUCCACGCAAAACAUAAGUCAUCAAAAUGGGUCCAACUAUACUAAGAGUCACUUUUCAAUCAGUAACGAUUAAUUUUGACGUCAUUUUGACGUUAUCGUGACUUGUUGUUCUGCUUGGAUGGCAAAAGCGCGUUCUCCCUGACUCGUGUCUAAAAGGGAGUGAAUGGAGGACUGUACCGUUUACAAGACUAUCGCACUACCAGCAAUCGCUGGUUUGUUCACGGAUUUUAACGAAAGUGAUCGAGUUAAAAAUAGGUGCAAAGGUCAAGUUCGGCUUGCAAUCGGCUUGAAAAAGAAAAAUGCGAAAAAAAGAAGAAAUACAGCGGUGCGUUGCCACUCGAGCCUCUGCCAUUUGCUCUCGAUUGGGGGAAUUACGUAUGGAAGAGGAGCGCGAUCGGAGAUCACUGAUGAAAAAACACAUGCUCUCGGCAAGUUGCACGCUAUCGGUACUGAUUGUACUAAACGGGAGACUUUUGUGUUGCGCGUGAUUAAUAUGUUCCUAUCUUUCCCUGCAGAUUGGCACAGCGACGAUCUGUACAAUAACGAGAAAAGGGGGAAAAGGAAGCCGAUUCCUCGAGAAGCCGGUUAAAUCUAAUCUUACCUUCUUUGCUAUAUUUUAUCCGCGAUCGUCAGAGAGGCUUCUCUUUGAUUCAAUUUACAAUUCGAAUCGCUGCUAAUCGCUUGCCUUAGACGCUAGGUCACACUGCGAGAAGAUUUCAUAUU